CGUUCGUUGUCAAAAAUCAAAAAACUCAAAACUCUUAGUCUGAAAAGCAUCGACAGACGAGGGGGACCAAACACCUCGUGAGGAUUUCAUCGGUAGCUCUCAAAAGUGAAAGACGGGAUGCAGAGAGAUUAAAAGCUUUAAAGGYAAAAGAGGUAAAAUUAAUAAGUACGUUAGAUAGGCAAGAAUGAGACUGCUAACCCACAAUUUUCUGCAGUCCAAUGUCAAAGGGUAGGUUCUCCAUUAAUUUUCUUUUCCGCAMACGUCGGGUAGAAAGUAGAGGGCAGUGAGCAGCAACUUCUUGGUUUGCCGAAGAAAUUYGAUAAUUCCUCACCCAUCGCCUACUUUUCCUUACUGUSAAUUGUUGCGUUGCAUCUGUGUCAACAAUUACAUCCACAGAACCACAGAGGGGUAUCCUUUGAGAAUUGAAGCGACCAACGUGAUAGUCGAAGAAUCKACAAUGGACUCAAUUCUCGUGAGCAAGGUGUUAAAGAAAGUGAACUACUCUGGAUUAAUAGGAGCCAUCAACGAUAUUCGAUGCAAWUCAAGUAUAAAACCAGAGAUGUCAAAGACGUUAUCCGAAGCGUCUGACAUUCCAUCGGAGCCUCCGAAAGGAGAAUCAGCUGAUGAGGCGAUCCUAAAGAAUCUCCAUUUCUUUCUUUUUGAUGUUCAUGUUUUGGAUGGUUUUCUUGUUUGCCCAGAUACAGGACGUAAAUUUCCUAUUAAAGAUGGAAUACCGAACAUGAUUCUGCAUGAAGAUGAAGUGUGACAAGGAAACAAGUAGCCACAGUUGCACRUCGCAAAAAGAAUAUUUGCGACGAAYGACUUACAAUAYUUGAGAAAGUCGACGACGAGAUCUGCAGCUUCAUCGUGGCUAGCUAAAGUGGAAGAGAUUUUUUAGUAAUAUUUGCAGAAUUCAAGAGUGUACGAUUACAUURGUCCGGGCGCUCAACGGAUCUCUUCUGCAAAAAGUCAGUUUAUUCUCAAUACAAAAUAUAUGUUGCAACCUCAAUCGUACAGAAGUACUAUGCAUAACAUCYAUGUCAUAAAAUUCACUCGGAAGUUAGUUAGAAGCAUCCGGAUCGAGGUAAAAGCAAUUCAUUGUACAAUAAACGAGAUAAAAUAAG